CAACAAAAACGUUGACGGCGGCAUCAUGGCGGCGCACGGAGUCAGUUUUGAGAGUUCACGCAGCAUCGAAGAAAGGAAGGAAAGUAAACGUCAGGCACGACAAGAGGCGCUAGAAAAGGCCAAGCAGCAGCAUGAGAGAGAAGAGAGGAGGAAGGAGCUUAAGAGGCAGAGAGGGGAGGACACUUGGAUGCUCCCUGAGGUCAACCAGAGGCUGGAGCAGAUACAGGAAGACAGCUCUGUGAAGAGCAAGAAGAAGAAAGAGAAGAAAUCUAAAAAGAAAAAGGAGAAGAAGAAGAAGAAGGCCAAGAAGGAGAAGACAGUAGAAGCAGGAGAUGGCUCUAGUGACAGCUCAGAGGACUCAGCGCAGGAGUGGAUUGAGGCUCAGCCUCAAGCACAAGCUGCUAAACCCUGGCAGGUUUCUGACGAGUCUAAGCCUUCAGAGAGCAACAUCAGCCCAGCUCAGAAUGUCCAGAGAGAUGAAUGGAUGACCUUUGACUUCCUGGCAUUGAAAACCACGUCCACAGCAGAAAGGAGGGCUGAGAAAGAACGACUGAAAGAGGAGGAGAGGGCAAAGGCUCAGGCCAUUGAAGAGGCUGGUUUACACAAACUGGAGUUAAACCCAUACUGGAAGGAUGGAGGAACUGGUCUGCCCCCAGAGGAGAUGGCUGGUACAGCAGCAAAGAAAGGCCCAGUAGUUAAUGACGGAGGUUUGAGCUGGCUGAGGAAGAGCUACCAGAGGAUGAAGGAGCAGGCAGAGAGGGAGAAGCGCAGCCUCGACGAUGUGGUGGCUGAGAGAUACGGAUCAAUGGAAGAAUUUCAGCAGAGACUUGCUGAAGCUGAGAAAGCUGUGUAUGGACAGAGGAGAGGGGGAGGAGAUGGAGAUGGCCCAUUGAGAGGCGGGUGGAGGAAAGGAGAGAGUGAGGCCAGAGAGAGAUGGAGGAGAAGAGAGGGAGAUGAGGAGGAUGGAGGUUGGUGGAGAAAAAAUGAAAGAGAAAGAGACUCAUUGCCCCGAGACAGAGAGAGAUACCAUCCAGGGAGAGGAGAGGACAGGGAGAGGGACAGGGAGAGGGGAUGGCAUCGAGGGGGAGGGGAUGGAGACAGGUAUAGAGAUAAGGAUAGGGACAGAGACAGAGACAGAGUCAGGGAAAGAGACAGAGAGAGAGAUAGAGGAAUAGACAGAGGGAGAGAAAGAGAUAAUGACAGAGACAGAGAGAGGGACAGAGACAGGGAUGGAAAUAGGGAAAGAAAUAGAGAAGUAGAUCAACCCAGUGCUGCAUCAUCAUCAUCAUCGUCUGGGCAAAGUUGGAGUCAACGUUCCCUCUCUCUUGGGUCACUAAAAGGCCGCUUCCUCAGACCCUCAGAAGAUGAUAACAGUGGUGAAGCUCUGGAGUGUCCUCCUCCUGCUCCAGCUCGGCCCUUUACAGGAUUCCUGAAACCCAGUUCUGACAAUGAAGACUCUGGUCCGUGUAACACUAGCGCUCCAGCCUGGAAGAAGAGCAGCAAUCCCGCACGAGAAUCUGACAGCUCAGAAAAAGCACAGCAGGAGAAAGAGAGGGAUCCUGGGAAAACUGUAACCGCUGCUCAAGAUGGUCCAUGUGGCGACAAAGCUGCUGUGAUGGCAUCAAGGAGUGAGAGUGAAAGUGAGGAAGAGGAGGAGGAGGAAGAGGAGGCUCCCCUGCUGUCAGAGGAGGAGAUGAACAGACUGGCCAGUGAGCUGGUGAAGGCAGAGAUUCAGGGGGAAGACGUUGAGAAGCUGAGAUCACAGCUGGAUGCAGCACGGAGAGCCAAAGAGAGCCACGCUGCCCGAAAGAAGCUACAGGAAACCGCUAAAUCAAACCAGGUGCCGGGUCGCUCCACUGAAGACCAAGAGAUCCUGCUGUUUAGAACAGAUCAAUCAGGUCGGGCCUGGCCAGUCAAGCCUGUCUCUGGACCCCAAGAGCCCCACGGAGGACGACGGAAAAAGAAACCGAUUGAGACGCAUGUUGAUGGGGAGCGUGUGCGCUAUUUCCAGGAUGAUGACAAUGUUGGUCUGCAGGAGAUGGUGAGGAGGGAGAAGAUGAGCUCUGCACAGGAUCAGAAUGCCCUCUACUCUCGUAUGGCUGCCAAGAUGAUGGGGAAGACAGACGGUGACAACUACACGCUGGAUGACAUGUUUGUGUCGAGUGCAGCGCAGCGAGAGGGCGAGGGGAGGGAGGAGGAGAGAAUGAGGAGCAGAGCCAUCGGGGAGAGUAGGAGGCUGGCUGCCUCUAUGGAGAAAUGCCAGCACUGCUUCAGCAGCCAAGAGCUCCAGAAGCACCUCAUAGUGGCAAUAGGGAGCAAGGUGUACCUGAGCCUGCCCGCGGGAUUGUCAAUGACAGAGGGCCACUGUCUCAUCUGUCCUCUCCAGCAUCACUGCUCUGCCACCGGAUUGGACGAGGACAUCUGGUCAGAAAUGCAGCUGUUCCGGCGCGCUUUGGUGCGUAUGUUUGAGUCCCAGGAGUUGGAUUGUGUGUUCAUGGAAACACACAUGAACCCACGCAGAAGACAACACAUGGUCUAUGAGUGUAUCCCUCUGCCCCGAGAGCUGGGUGAUAUGGCACCCAUAUACUUUAAGAAAGCUAUCAUGGAGUGUGAUGAGGAAUGGGCCAUGAACAAGAAGAUUGUUGACCUUUCUUCUAAAGACAUCCGCCAAGCUGUUCCUCGAGGUCUGCCCUACUUUGCUGUAGACUUUGGACUCCAGGGAGGAUAUGCUCAUGUCAUUGAAAAUGAACAGAAGUUCCCCCAUUAUUUUGGCAAGGAGGUGGUUGGAGGCAUGAUGGACUUGGAGCCACGACGAUGGAGGAAGUUGAUCAGGGAGAACUUUGACGAUCAGAGGAAAAAAGUCUUGCAGUUUGCACAGUGGUGGAAACCGUUUGACUGUACCAAGACUGAGGGCUAGCUGGACACACUGACAGAGAGGUGUACAUGUGUUUUUUUGAGUAGGGAAGACAACGUACUCACGUACCAUACAUACACUGUUCAGGAGUCAAAUUUGAUGAGUGUGGUGCAGAUGCUAUUGCAUCUACAAAUUAAGAAUUUGAUGUCAAAUUUAGAAAUAAAUAUUAUGAGAACAUUUUUACUUAAUAAAAAAAAGAAAUCAUUUGGUUAUGUAUUAGGUGUUAUUUGUUACAUAAUGAUGCCAGAAAUUUCUUAUGGUCAUGCUCUUACAAUAAAAAUACCUCAGACCAAAA